AGAGUUCCUUCCUUGAAACAGCGCUUGCUUUGCUUGCUGUUCAUGUUUCAGGAGGAGAAAUGGGAGUGUGCUGUCCCUUGGUGAGCAUGGGUGGGCUGUUUGUGUUGCUCCUCGGAGGUUGAAGAACCUGAGGCAGGAUGGGCUGUGUAAGUGGUGCACAGAGCUCGGCAAAGUGCUGAGCAGUGCAGUGGAAAUGGUGCUGCAAGCAAAAAGCUUUGGUCAGGGCUGUGAUGUGAUGCUCAGCUGCUCGUCUGGGUACUCUGAGAGUUAGCUGGAGUCGGGCUGCAGGUGGAGGAGUGCUGUGGUGCCUUGCUCAGCUGCCUACCAGUGUCUGCUCUCACCUGGGCUGUGCUGAGCUCUGUGGGAUGCCCAUCUUGCCUGUGUUGCCCUGUCUGCAGGAGCUGCAGCAGUGUUGGCCCUGUCCUGAUCAGUGGCUCCAGCCUCUGCUGUUGCAUCUGGUGACAGGAACAAAAGGCUGUGGAGUGUGGAUUAAGUGGAAGUAACCCCAGCAGGCUUGUGUACAAAGAAGCAAUGGAGAGGAAAGCUGGUGUUCAGGCAUUUUUUUGGAGGAUGCAUCAGUCUCGAUGCGCCAGUGUACGUGUCUGCAUCUUGCCCCUGGUGUUUAUGCCUGGUGCUUUGGAUUUUAUUCCCUACCACAGACCGUGCAUGAGGCUUUCUGCAGAGUUCUUGGACAACACAGGGAUGAGAACUUCAGGAAUGAGCAGCAAACCCCAGGAGUGAACAAACCUCUGAUGCCCUGGAGCUGCUGUUGCACGAAGCGGUGUCUGGCACACCGAGCCCCUCUGGGCUGGAAGUGGGGCAGAGCCCAAAGCUGCCUGCCAUCUGACUAGAAGUCUUGCUGUCAGCGUGGAGGUGCUGCCAGCUGUGGGGCUGAUGGGCUGUCCAGGCCUGGAGCUGCUGUGCCAGCUCUGCAGCUGUUCUCAGAGCAGAUGCUGCCAGGGGGAUCACACACAGAGGAGCUGCUCUCAAGUUGCUGCUUGUGGUGUUCCUGCAGUGCUCUUAAUUCUCCCAAGGUUCUCCACUGGCACUCGGAUUUCAUGAGGAAGGAGCUCCAGGAAUUGAAUGAUCUGGCACGUGAUCCUCCAGCACAGUGUUCAGCAGGGCCUGUUGGUGAUGACAUGUUCCAUUGGCAAGCUACAAUAAUGGGACCAAACGACAGUCCCUAUCAAGGUGGAGUAUUUUUCUUGACAAUUCACUUCCCAACAGAUUAUCCCUUCAAACCACCUAAGGUUGCAUUUACAACAAGAAUCUAUCAUCCAAAUAUUAACAGUAAUGGCAGCAUUUGUCUUGAUAUUCUACGAUCACAGUGGUCCCCAGCACUAACUAUUUCAAAAGUACUUUUGUCCAUCUGUUCUCUGUUGUGUGAUCCCAAUCCAGAUGAUCCUUUAGUGCCUGAGAUUGCACGGAUCUACAAAACAGAUAGAGAAAACCAGCAGAGGGAGAACAAGUUGCUUCGGUGGGAGGAUGUUUCCAUGCUAGCUGUUGGUGAUGGAGUCAGGCAAGCAAAGAAACAACAAAGUACUAUUUUCAUCUUCAUUUGACAACCCAAGGAAAGAACAAGUGGUGUAGAGAGAGGGGGGGAGGACACAAGCUGCCUCUGAGGUGAACUGCAAACUGAAGAGAAGUCCACUACUGAGAAGGUUUCCACUGUUUUGUUUAAAAGCACCAGUUUAAACAUAAAGCAUAGAAUGGUUUGGGUUGGAGGGGACCUUAAAGCCCAUCCAGUUCCAACCCCCUUGCUUUGGGCUGGUUGCCCCCCCUGUCCGUGGCCUCGGGCCUCUCCAGCAUAGGGCACCACAGCUUUUCCAGGCAGCCGAUGCCACAACCACCAUCUGAAUAAAGAUUUUCUUCUCGCCGUGUAACCAAAGUCUCCCCUUCUUAGUUGCAAACUGUUCCCCCUCAUCCUACUGUCAGAUGACGUAAGAAGUCGAUCUCCUCCUUAUAAAUAAUCUCCCUUCAGGUACUUGGAAGGUCACAGUGAGGUCUCCCCAGAGCCUUUUCUUCUCUACACUGGAGAAGCCUCGGGCUUUCCUUGUCAGGAAGGUACUGCUGCAUUCUGAAUGUUGUCUUGGCCUCUUCUGCUCCACCAGCCUCAUCUGUCCUGUGCUGGAGGCCUGGAUGCAGGACCCCAGGUGGGGCCUCACGAGGGCAGAGCAGAGGGGAGCAGUCCCCUUCCUCACCAUCCUGGCUCUGUCCCUCUGUUGGUGCAGCUCAGGGUCCUGUUGUCUUUCUAGGCUUUGAGCACCAGAACCGCAGAGUCUUUGUCUUCAGGGCUGCUCUCAGUGAGGCCUUCUACCAGUCCAUGUGCAUAUCAGGGAUUGCCCUGACCCAGGUGAAGCACCUUGCUCUUGGCCUUGUUGAGCCUUGUUUGAUUCACGUGUGCCCGCUUCUCAGCCUGUCCAGGUCCCUCUGGAUGGCACCUCUUCCUUCUGUGGUGUCAGCUGCACUGCCCAUCUUGGUCAAACUCGCUGAGGGUGCACUUGAUUCUGCUGUCUGUCAUUCAUAAAGACAUUGAAGAGCACCAAGAUGGACCCCUGGGCUUGUGACCAGCCUCCCCCUCGUAUGGAGCUGCUGACUGCAACCCUCUGGCUGACCAACCAGUUCCUGACCUGCUGAUCAGCCCACCCUUCAAAUGAAUUUCUUUUCAGUUUAGAUGUGGUGUGAGGCCACGGCGAAGGCCUUGCAGCAGCCCAGGUGCAUGACAGCAGUUUACCUUCCUUUCUUCACCAGUGCCAUGGCUCUAUCAUAGAGGCCACCAGCUGGGUCAGGCACUCUGCCCUUGGUGAAGCCGUGCUGGCUGUCUCUGUUCAUCUCCUCAUCUCUCGUGCUUUCCAAGAAGAUCUCCUCCAUCUUUCCAGGCAUGGAUGCUGAGGAUCACAGGCCUGUAGUUUCCUGGGUCUUCCUUUCUUGAAGGUUGGGAGCGAUGCUUCCCUUCCUGCAGUCUCUGGGAACCUCACCUGACAGCCACAACCGCUCAAAUGCGAUGGAGAGCAGCUGGGCAGCCACAUCAGCGGCUUCUCUCAGGACCCUGGGAUGCACAUGGUGUGCUCCCACAGGCAUUCAGCUUCGUGAGGUGCUCUCAGGCUUGCUGUGCUCCCAGCAGUGGGAAGGGUUCUGCUCCCCCAACCCCUGCCUGGAGCUCAGGGAUGUGGGAAGCCUGACUGCAGCAGAGGGCAAGGCAGGGGAACUCGCUGAGUGGCGCUGCCUUGUCUGCAGUUGCAGUUGUGAUCGUGUGAGGUUUUUUUUACCCCCUUGUUGUCAUCCAGCUCUGAUCGCUGGUGUUAAUUCCUGAAGUUACAGAGUUGUGUCAUGAGAGCAAGGAAGGAAAGUGAUUCUCAAACUUUGGUGUUUGAGAAAUAGGGAACUCUGUGCGUCUUGCUUUUAGUCAGAGCUGCGAGGUUUGCAGGGUGUGUGUCGAGUCUCAGCUAAGCAUACUUUCCUAUUCACUGUAUGUAGGAGCUUUUUCCCCUUCCUCCAGAGUCAGCAACUUCUGUGCUCACGCAUAUCUGGACUUGGUUCUCAGUAGCCUCAAAGCAAGUGACAGUUGCUUUCUUUUGGUUUCUCGAUUUUCUUAAGCUGAAGAACUUUGUCUACAGACUAAAUUGCAGCACAGAAACUUGGUUGGUGUAAAUAAGUAGGAAACUUCCUGCCUUGUGAUGCUUUUUCUGCAAACUCGAAUUCUGUAGUCAGAAACACCACCUUUAUCAGUGCUGUAAGUCACAGCCGCCGCUUUGUUUCACGUGCUCCUCCCGAGCUUCCUCUGGAUGUGAUUCUGGCUGUAAAGGGGAGCAGAAGCUCCAGGUGGCUGGGAGGAAGGAGCAGAGCGUGCCUUCAGAGUAAGAGCUUGUCGUGGGCAAGGCUGUGUGUGCUGGUAGCCACGUGCACAAGGCUGGACGCAGCGGGAGCCUGGGAGGGGUUGGCACCACUGGGCUGAACUUGUGGGGGUGCGGAGGGCUGGGAGGGAGGCACUGAUCUGUGGCUCUCCAGAACGGCCCGAUUAAAGCCCUGCGGCUGGGAGAGGAGCAGGUGAAACCUUGCUGGAAAUGCUCCUCACAGCUGCUCUGUUUGCGGCUCGCAUCGCAAGGAGCCUCCGCUCCAGCAGGGCACAUCUGCUCUGCUCACUGAGUGCAGGGGGCUCUGUUUGCCCUCCUGCUGGCACCAUGCUGCCCUUUGCUCUUUUACUCAUGCAAAACGGCCGUGCUGCUGCAGGGUCUCGAGUUCGUGUGGUGUUACUGAGCUGGGAUGCUGUGCUAAGUGAAUGCUCUUUUUGUA